AUGGUGGUGAAGGUUCACUGUGAAGUACCCUGCCCCAGAGGCGUUUAUAUUGUUACGGAUGCGGCUGGCACUGAGACCAUCUGCGUACUUCGAGAAAACGGUGGAUGUCUUAUGAAUACGCUCUUGGAACCUGCAAAAGAUGAGAAGGACGAGGGGUGUUAG